AGCUGAGUAAUGUGGAGUCCGGCCCUCUAGGAGCAGCUGCUUGGUCUGUAACCAGGUGAUCAGGGAGGUGGAGCAGGAUCAGCUCAGGUAUCUGAACGCCUCGCGGGCGCAGAACGCCACAGGCAUGCUCACAGUCACAGUAGGAAAAACAAGAAUGACGAGACGCCAGAACUUCAGGGUGCUGCAGGUCGUGAUGGUGAUGGUGCCCGUGGUCGUCCUCAUCACAUUCGUCCUGCAGAAUUACGGCAUCUUUGCCGCUACGGCAUACACAUUUGACUGGCGGCGUGCUUUAUCUGAAGGCGCCGCCCCUCAGACCCCCAAGACGCCUCCUAAACAGUCAGGAUCGUGCGUCAUAAAUAAAGAGUGUCCGGAGGAUCACUUCAGCUUCUUCAUCCAGAGCGGAGCCGCUAACGUCGUGGCUCCAAAGAUCUGCAUCCAAAACAAGCUGGUUCUUGGCUCGGUGCUGAACAACGCUGGAUAUGGGAUCAACAUCGUUAUAAUAAACGGUAAAACAGGAGAAGUCACAAAGAUCGCCAGCUUCGAAAUGUACAGCGGCGAUGUGAAACCUCUCAUCGAGCUCCUGAAGAGCAUCACGGACGGCUCCGUUGUGCUGAUGGCGUCCUACGACGAGCCUUCAACAAAGUUAAAUGAAGAUGCGAGGAAGCUGAUUUCUGAGCUGGGGAGCUCUGCUGUCAAGUCGCUUGGCUUCAGGGAUAACUGGGUGUUUGUUGGCGGGAAAGGAGCAGCGGUGCAGAGCAGCUUCGAGAAGCUCAUAAAGAACGACAACGCUAAGAACAAAUACCAGAACUGGCCCGAGAUUAUCGACCUGCAAGGAUGCAUCCCCAAAUACCUGAACUGACCCGCCGCCUCAGCCCGAAGGAACGUUUCAACUUUUACAGCCAACUGCAGGAACAAGAAGCCGGAGAACCCGAACGUGUUUGUUCUAUAAGAACACGAGACUCAGUAAACGUUUGACGGUAUGAACCAAAGCCUGGUGUGUAAACUGAUAUCUGUUUGACCUGAGGAGGUACUGCGUCAGUACAGGUAAAUACAGAGAAUCCACCCGUUCUCUCUCUACACUCCUUCCUCCUCGGGCGAACGUUCGAUGGUGACCUGAACAAUGACAGAAUCAUACAGAAGAACUCAGGGACUCUCAGGCUACAGCCACACUGCUGUGUCUUCUUUUUAAAAUGGAGUUUUAAAACAAAAACAAUCUCCGUCCACAACAGCGUUUCAGCUGCGUAUCAGAUUUGAUCUCUGUCUAUAAGAAAACGACUGAAAACGCACAUCACGUGACCGCUCACGUACACUGGGCGUGUGCGUGCCGGUGUAAACAGGAAGCGGAUUGUCUACUGCGCACCUACAGAAGAAAGUUCUGCUACAGACGAAUGAAGAGCAGCAGUGAUUUCUAAAACUCUGUCAGUAGCGGCGUAGACAAUCUGCUUCCUGUUUAAACGUACACGCACAUGCUCAGUGUAUGUGAACGGUCACAUGAUGUGCGUUUUCAGUCGUUUUAAAACAGACGGAGAUCAGUUCUGAUGGGCCGGUGUGGACGGAGAUGGUCUCAGUUUAGUGUAUGAAAGCAGGAAUGUGGAUGGAGCCUGAGGUUCUGGAAAACAUUAGAGUCAAACUUCCCUACAGACGUUGUACAUUCACAUCAAGGACCCCCGAACUGACACAAAUUAGACCCCGGACCUCCAUCUGAUUGUAUUUUUGCUUUUAGAUGUUUUAUAACAGAAAGUGUAUGAAACCUAUGACCUAAAUAAUCACACACUCUGUCAUUGUGUCACUUAUGGAUGGAAUAAUCGUGAACAUACCCUGAGAACUACAUUGUAAAAGCAGACACGGCUCGUUUCAGCUGCAGCCAACAAGAACCGAAUCAUUCAGGAGAACAGCGUCCCUGCAGCGACGUCCCAACUCCUGGAUGUUCACGAUCCUCUGCAGGAAUUUGUCCUCUGCUGCUUUCAGUGGUUCUGUCUCUGCUCCUGAAGGCACACGUGUUUAAAUCUGCUGUCAGGAAGUCGCCACAGCUGGAAAACCGCACAGAGCAGACGGCUUCUUCUUUUUACUGCCGUUAACAUUUUCUUUUCCUUAAAUAUUGAGUUCCUGUCAAUAACCCUUAUUUUUAUAAUGUAUUAAUGUCUAAAUAACGAGUCGAGGUUCACUGAAGAAAAAGGAGACUUUAUUCCUGUGUUUACGUUGUGUUUUCUCACUUUGCUGCAAGUGUUGUCAAACAGGUGAAGAUGAGCUCUCUGGGCCACCGUACUGAUCUAAACUCCGCAGGCAGCUUCUGAUUAAUAAUAUAAUAAUAAAAUCAACACAUCUUAGAAUGUGUGUGAUUUGAUAAAUUACUUUGAACUAAAAGUGAAGCAUUUUCACUGUUAGCAGUUUGGUAAUCAGCGAGUAAAGCUUGAAGGAAAUAAAACAGAACAGUAUUUCUAUGAUGUGUGUCUGGACCCGGAGCUGCUCUUUAUCUCCAGCGUGGAUGUUAAAUUCAGGAUUAACUCUUAAAGGUUCAGUGUGGGAAUACUUUUAAUGAUUAUACUUCUGUACUUUUACUUAAGUACAGGACUUGAGUACUUUGAAACAUGUAAAAAAAGAAGAACGUGCUCGUUGUUUCAUGUUCUGUCCACAGAACCUCAGACAUCUUCCAGAUGAGCGUGUUUGUACUAAUAAACAAGAAAGACACCUUUGCAGAGCUCAGCAGUCAGGUCGCAGGAUUUAACAAUAAAAAAUCUAAAAUGAU